AUGAUUAUUCGUAUCCACAUUUUAGGUAAAUCCGAAAGUAUUUGGGAUCGUCUGACGCAUACGCGAUCGCAUUUAAUCAUCGAUGGUUCGAAUGGCGAUAUUGCAGAUAACUCCUAUUACAUGUAUAAAACGGAUGUGCAAAUAUUGAGACAGUUGGGUGUUGACUUCUAUAGAUUCUCAGUUUCGUGGACCAGAAUACUUCCCACGAGUUUCCCAGAUAAGAUCAACAAAGCAGGAGUAGCGUAUUACAAUAAAUUAAUUGAUGAACUUCUGAAAUACAACAUCAAACCUGUGCUUACAAUAUUCCACUGGGAUUUGCCACAGAAGCUUCAAGAACUGGGAGGUUGGGCAAACCCUUACAUUAUAGACUGGUAUGCGGAUUACGCGAGGAUUUUAUUCAAGUUGUUUGGAGAUCGUGUGAAGUACUGGGUGACGAUAAAUGAACCACAUCAAACUUGUUACUACGCAUAUGGUGAUACUAUUUUAGCUCCAGCUCUGAAUAUUAAAGGAGUUGCCGAGUACCUCUGCGCAAAGAACUUGCUUUUAGCCCACGCUAAAGCUUAUCACAUAUACGAUAAAAUAUUUCGGCCCAAACAGAAAGGAAUAAUUUUUAUCGCAUUAAGUGCUAUGUGGUAUGAACCUUUGUUUAGAAAUCAACCUGAGGCAGCCCGGGAUGCUAAUUAUUUUGAAUGGGAACAAUAUUCACAUCCAAUAUUCUCGAAGACGGGCGAUUUUCCUCCGGCGAUGAAGAAACGGAUUGCAGCUAGGAGCGCAGAGCAAGGAUUUCCAAAGUCCAGGCUCCCUGAAUUCACACCAAGUGAAAUUGAACUCUUAAAAGGCAGCUCUGACUUUUUUGGACUAAAUCAUUAUUCCACUAGAUAUGUGUACAGAAAUAAUACAGUAAAUAAACAAUAUGAAUCUCCUUCUUAUGACGACGAUCUUGCAGUCCACUAUUAUGAACCGCCCGAAUGGAACAUUGGCCGAUCGAAGUUUACAAAGUUUGUUCCAUGGGGAUUCUACAAAUUACUAACAUACAUAAGAAAGGAGUACGACAACCCGCCCGUGUACAUUGCUGAAAAUGGGUUUUCCACGCUCGGCGGUCUGAACGAUGGCGACCGUGUCUUAUAUUACACGGAGUACUUGUCUGCCAUGUUGGAUGCCAUGGAGGAAGGCUCUGAUGUCAGAGCAUACACAGCCUGGAGUCUUAUGGAUAACUUUGAGUGGUCAAGGGGAUACAAGGAAAAGUUCGGUCUAUACGAAGUGGACUACAGCUCGCCGAACCGCACACGCACGCCGCGCAAGUCCGCUCACUUGCUGAGCGGUAUAUUCCACACACAUUUACUGUACCGGUGCCGGGCUCCGGGAGCGUCCCCACAGCAGUAUUUUUGUUUCAAAGUAUUAAUAUCACAAUGCAGUAUGGAACCUGAACAUAAAUGUCAAGUGCGAAAAUUUCCUAAAGGAUUUCUUUUCGGGGCCGCUACAUCGUCCUACCAAAUAGAAGGAGCGUGGGAUGCCGACGGAAAAACUGAAAGUAUUUGGGAUCACAUGACUCAUACGCGGCCAGACUUGAUUAGUGACGGAUCGACUGGAGACAUUGCUGUCAACUCAUACUAUUUGUACAAGAGAGAUGUGGAGAUGUUAAGAGAGUUAGGUGUUGACUUCUACAGGUUCUCACUUUCUUGGACAAGAAUACUGCCUACCAGCUUCCCAGAUAAAAUUAACGAAGCCGGAGUAGCAUAUUACAACAACUUGAUAGAUGAAUUACUUAAAAACAAUAUCGAACCCAUGGUCACUAUAUUCCAUUGGGAUUUGCCCCAAAGACUCCAAGAACUCGGCGGUUGGGUGAACCCUCACAUUGUAGAUUGGUUUGGUGAUUAUGCACGAACUGUAUUCACAUUGUUCGGAGAUCGAGUCAAGUAUUGGAUCACUAUAAACGAGCCGCAUGCUGUCUGCCAUUAUUCGUACGGUCACACGUUCUUAGCUCCUGCGUUAGAUUUCAAGGGAGUGCCUGAAUAUAUUUGCGCUAAAAAUUUGCUUUUGGCACACGCAACAGCGUAUCAUAUAUACGACCAAGAUUUUAGACCAAAGCAAAAAGGAAUAAUAUUUAUUUCGUUUAGCGCUCAAUGGUAUGAACCCUUGACAGAAAGUGACGCCGAAGUGGCCGAUGAAGCAAAUCAAUUUGAGCGAAAACAAUAUACUGACCCGAUAUUUUCAAAAACUGGUGACUUUCCACCGGCAAUGAAAAGACGAAUAGCCGCAAGAAGCGCUGAACAAGGAUUUUUCAGAUCCAGACUGCCUGAAUUGACGCAAGAUGAAAUUGAAUUUAUCCGAGGAAGUUCGGAUAUUUUCGGAUUGAAUCACUAUUUUUCCAAUUAUGUAAACAGAAAUGAUUCUGUUAAUGGGUACUAUGAAUCUCCUUCAUUCAAAGACGACCUGGCGGUGUUUUAUACCACGUUACCAGAAUGGAAUCUUGGUGACUCGGACUUUAUGAAGUGUGUUCCAUGGGGAUUUUACAAGUUGUUAACACACAUAAGGAAGGACUACGGAAACCCAACGGUUUUCAUCACUGAAAAUGGUUUUCCGACCCGCGGCGGCUUGAACGACGACGUCCGUAUCACUUACUACACAGAGUACAUGUCCGCCAUGUUGGACGCUAUGGAGGAAGGUUCUGAUGUGCGAGCUUACACCGCGUGGAGUUUAAUGGAUAACUAUGAAUGGUCGAGAGGAUACAUUGAAAAGUUCGGUCUGUACGAAGUGGACUACAGCUCUCGGCAGCUCACACGCACGCCGCGCAAGUCCGCCUACUUCAUGAAGGAAGUCUUCCGAACACACGAGCUGAGGCGUUGCAAUAACACACAAAUACCUUAACUUUAAUUUCAACCACCUACCUUUUUA